AUGAAGUUGGCAAUGCCAGGAGUGUUUUGUUACAGAGCAGACAACAUUGAAACCAUUAAGAAGCACUUAGACAACUAUUUAAAGACUGGUGACACCAAAACACCAGAUAGAGGCAGAGGACAUUCUGUCUCCAAAAGAAAUGGUCGUUAUGUCUCUGCAAGCGAUGAAGAAGAUCCUUCAGACAAGGUUCCACCUAAGAAACCUAAAUGCAGUAGAACAAUGUGCACCAAUAAUACUGACAAUAUGGUAGCCAUGGUGAAAGCAAAAUAUAGUUUGAAUGACCGAACAAACAGAAGGUGUUCUAGCAAUGAUGAUGAUACAGAUGAUUACUCAGAUGAUCAAUCAGAUGGAGAGAAUGAUGGCCUGGAUAUUGAAGAUGGUAAUGAACCUGUUUACCAAGGAGCAAUGAUUACCAGAGCACAAAAGGAAGUAUCUGGAAGUGACCUGCAGGAUCCUAUUGCACGAUUGACUAACCUUGGCUGGGUGUGUUUUGGUCCUGCAUUGGCUGAUAAGAAUCCUCGUAGCAGAUCCCGAAGUAACUUUGCUCGGACACAUCGGACAAGUCAAGCUCUGACACAGACACAACUUGACGACACAUUAUGCAAAUUCUGGGAACUCGAGUCGAUUGGUAUACGGGAUGUGAAACAAGAGAUGUCAAUGGAAGAGAAGAAUGUCGUAGAGAAGGUUGCAAAUACUAUUUCGUUAUGUGAUGGCCGAUACACCGUUGGUGUUCCGUGGAAAGAAGAGGAGCCGGGACUGAAGAUUAACUAUGAAGCUGAGCUUGUACAACUACAAAGCCAAGAAAAGUUGCUGAAGAAACGGGGUGUAGACAUAAUGGAGUCUUAUGGCAACAUUUUCAUGGACUAUAAGCAAAAGGGUUACAUAAAGAAAGUGCAAAAGUCGGACAGCGAAAAACAAUGGUUUUUACCCCAUUUCCCAGUCAUUGGACCAGAAAAGAGCUCGACGAGAGUUCGUGUCGUGUUUGAUGCCGCGAUGAGCCAUGCUCAAGAGAACAAGGGAGCUUUUCCUGAAGCUGCAGACUCUGUGGACAACGCCAUGUACGUAGAUGAUCUUUUGGACUCUGCUGAAACGGUCGAGAGUGCAAAGUCGUUGCAAAGCCAGUUGUCAAAUAUGUUGAGCGCCGCAGGAUUCAACUUGCGAAAGCGGGCUUCCGAUGAACCUGCUGUCCUGGAAAAUGUGCCACCAACCGACCGUCUCCCUAUUGUUGAGCUCAGCGAUGGCGAAUCGCCAAAGACCAAGACCCUUGGCGUUUUGUGGGAAGCUAGCUGCGACGUAUUCAUUUUCAAACUAAAGUCACCUGACCCGAACAUCGCACCAACGAAGCGAACUGUUCUUAGUGCAAUUGCAUCACUUUACGACCCGCUGCAGUUCCUCUCCCCAUUCGUGAUAAGAGCCAAGAUCUUAAUGCAAGAAAUCUGGACCGAGGGAUUGAAAUGGGAUGAUGUACUGCUUGAAGCCUUGAAGGCGAAAUGGAAUUGUUGGACAUUCGAACUGCCAGAUCUUUCGAAAGUCUCCCUUCCACGCUGCUUGCGUCUCUCUGAUCCAGAUAUUGUCGAACUGCACUUGUUCUCCGAUGCUUCACAAGAUGCGUAUGGCUCCGUAGCUUACCUAGUUGGCCGCUACAAAGACCUCCCUUUCACAUCACGUAUUGUUGCAUCAAAGUCCCGCGUCGCCCCACUAAAAGCCGUCACCAUUCUGAGACUCGAGUUGUUGGGUGCCGUUCUUUCCAGCCAACUAAGCGUUAGCAUCUCGCACGUUUUGACUAUUGAUCGUAUCGUAUUUUGGACUUACGCAGAGAACGUCUACUAUUGGGUGCGAAACCAAAGUCGUUUGUUCAAACCUUUUGUGGCAAACCGUAUCGCCGAAGUCCAACGCACCUCAAACCCGGAGCAGUGGCGCCACGUGCCUGGAGAAAUGAAUCCGGCAGAUGCUGCAACCAGAGGCCUGACCGCCGUUGAAUUGAGCCAAAGCAGUUUUUUGAUGGAGGGUCCAUUUUUUCUCAAGAGCGACGAGUCCUGUUGGCCUCCAUCACCAAGAAAAGACGUUGCAAAGGUGGAUCUAGAGAAGAGAUCUACAGUCAAAACAUUCACAACGACAUUGAAUGAAACUGAGUUUAUUUCUGUUGCCGACUAUUCCAGUCUGAGACAGUUGUAUCGAGUGGCGUGCUGGAUAAAGCGCUUUAUUCACAACUGUAGACAGAACUUAGACCAGCAGAACUUUGUUCAGACAUUGUCGCCGACUGAACUUAAAGAAGCCGAAGAAUUUUGGGUCAAGCGAUGCCAGUCUGAAGCGUUCCCAAACGGAGUGAAGGAGCCAUGCUUGGCACGGUUAACCCCAACUAAAGAUGCAAACAGACUCCUCCGUGUUAACGGACGUUUAGCAAGAGCUGAAAGUCUUUCUUAUGAAGCAAAGUUUCCACUUCUCCUUCCAAAGAAACAUCCUUUAACAAGAUUGGUUGUGCAGAACGCACACGAAACUCUCGGACAUGGAACUGGAGUGGAACACACGUUGACAGAGUUGCGAGCGCGAUUCUGGAUUGUUAAAGGACGUCGCGUCGUGCGAGAUAUUGUAUCAUCGUGUAAAGAGUGUCGAAGGAGAUUUAGAGUUCAAACUACUGGGCAAAUCAUGGCACCUUUGCCCAACGAAAGGCUACAGUCCUUACAAGCGUUUGACAAUGUUGGCAUAGAUUUUGCCGGCCCGUUUCCGACAAAGCAAGGUCUUGGGAAGACCCGCGCAAAACGUUAUCUCUGUUUGUUUACGUGCCUAGCGACGAGGGCAGUCCCUUUAGAGAUGGCAUAUCAUUUGGAUACGGACUCGUUUGUGAAUGCCUUCCCACGCAUGACAUCAAGGAGGGGAACGCUUUCUUACGUGAUUACCGACAACGGAACCAAUUUCGUUGGAGCAGAACGAGAGAUCAGAGAGCUGGUUCAACAACUGGAGCAAGAUAAAAUCGUCGAGAUGAUGGGCAAGUACCAUCCCAUAGAGUGGAAAUUCAACCCCCCUUCCGCCCCACACUUUGGCGGGGUGUUUGAGGCAAUGGUGAAAAGUGCCUAA